AUGACAUUAUCGAAACACAUUGACGCAGAAAGUUUGGAAUCCAAAUUAUUACAACAGACGAAGAAAACUGUAUUGGAUAACCACGAGGAGUACAUAUUUAAAUAUAGUGCAAAUGCUAAAGUACCAAAAUACGAAAUUCCUGAAAAGAGUUCUAGUAGUGAGUUAGUGUAUAAAUACAUAACUGAGGAAUUGUCGUUAGACGGGAUCCCAACAUUGAAUUUAGCUUCAUUUGUGAACACGAAUAUUGAUGACGUCCCAUUGAGAUUAGCCUCUGAGAAUAUCACCAAAAACUUAGCCGAUAAUGAUGAAUAUCCAUCAUUGAUCGAUAUUCAAGCUAGAUGUAUUACUAUUUUGAGUAAUUUGUGGAAUGCUCCUAGCACCAUUGACAAGAAAACGGGAAAGAAGGUUGUCAAUUCCAUUGGAAGUGCUACUACUGGAUCAUCUGAAGCUAUUAUGAUGGCUGGAUUGGCAAUGAAGAAAUCGUGGCAAGCAAGGCAAAAGGCAAAUGGUAAGUCUACUGCGGAGCCAAAUAUUCUUAUGGCUUCAUGUGCACAAGUUGCGUUAGAAAAGUUUGCUCGCUAUUUUGAUGUCGAAAACAGAAUAAUCCAUAUCAAUGAAAAGUCGGGUCACUUAAUAGAUACUACAAAAAUCAAGGAAAACAUUGAUGAGAAUACAAUUGGUAUUUUUGUUAUUUUAGGUUCAACAUUCACAGGUGCAUUUGAGCCUGUUGAAGAAAUUUCUAAGCUUUUAGAUGAGGUUGAAAAAGAAAAAGGACUUGAUGUCAAGAUUCACGUCGAUGGUGCAAGUGGUGGUUUUGUCGCUCCAUUUGUUUACCCACAUUUGAAGUGGGAUUUUUCUAUCGAUAGAGUCAUAUCUAUUAACACCUCAGGACAUAAGUUUGGUUUAACUUCUGCUGGUUUAGGAUGGAUUAUUUGGAAAGAUUCUAAGUAUUUGCCUGAUGAUGUCAGAUUUAAAUUAGAUUACUUAGGGGGAGUUGAAGAGACUUUUACAUUCAACUUUUCAAGACCGGGAUUCCCUGUUUUAUUCCAAUACUAUAAUUUCUUGACUUUAGGAAGAGAAGGUUACACCAAAAUAUUCAACUCGUGUCUUCAAAAUGCAAGAUUAUUAUCCAAUUUCUUGGAAGAAUCGGGUUACUUUGAAUGUCUUUCAGUUAUUCAUAAAAAGAUUGAUAAGGAAAAACAAGCCAAAAUCUACACAAGGGAACAUAUUGCAGGCCAUCAUCAUUCAGAAAAAGCAGUAGUAAACGAAGAGUAUGAACCAGGCUUGCCUGUAGUUGCUUUUAGAUUCUCGAAGAAUAUUCGUGAGAAGUAUCCAGAUAUUCCCCAAUCAAUUUUCUCUUUAUUAUUGAGAAAUAAAGGAUAUAUUAUUCCAAAUUAUAAGUUAAGUCCAGAUGAACAAGACAUUGAGAUCUUGAGAGUCGUCGUUCGUAAUACUUUGGGAUUAAACUUACUAGAUAAGUUGAUGACCGAAAUUAUUUCGACCAUCGAAUUGUUGAUUAAAGCUACUGAUACAAUUACUGAUGUCUCUACUAAAGAGAAAUCUUCUGAAAGAAACGAGAUGAUUUACAGCAUGUUGUUGUCAAUUGCUUCUAAUGGAGGUGAAGAUAUCAAACAAGUUAAACAAAAAUUCUUGAAAGAUAACAAUGAGCAACACCGUAAGCAUACUAAGUCUUACCGUGGUACAUGCUAA